UCUGUUGUAGAACUAAUUAUAGAAUGGCGGGUGGGCAACAACAGUCUUUGAUCUACAGCUUCGUGGCGCGAGGAACGGUGAUCCUGGCAGAGUAUUCUGAAAUCACCGGAAAUUUCUCCACCAUCGCCUUCCAAUGUCUUCAGAAGCUCCCUGCUAGCAAUAACAAGUUCACUUACAAUACCAAUGGCUAUAGCUUCAACUACCUUGCUGAGAAUGGCUUCACUUAUUGUGUUGUGGCGGUUGAAUCUGUUGGACGACAGCUUCCAAUUGCGUUUCUGGAGAGGAUUAGGGAUGACUUCAAUGAGAGAUAUGGUGGAGGGAAAGCUGCAACUGCUGUCGCCAAUAGUUUGAACAAAGAUUUUGGGCCUAAAAUGAAAGUUCAGAUGAAAUAUUGUGUGGAGCAUCCUGAAGAAAUUAGCAAGCUUUCCAAAGUGAAAGCUCAAGUUACUGAAGUUAAAGGUGUCAUGAUGGAAAACAUUGUAAAGGUUAUUGAGCGCGGAGAAAAAGUUGAUGUGUUAGUUGAUAAAACAGAAGACCUGCGUACACAGGCAGAUGAGUACAGGAGGGGCGGUACCCAGAUCAGGAGGAAGAUGUGGAUGCAGAAUAUGAAGAUUAAAUUGAUUGUUCUUGGUAUCUUGAUUGCUCUAUUUCUCAUUAUUUUCUUCUCGGCCUGUGGAGGAGUCAGAUGUCUCAAAUAACUCGGCCUUGUUUAGUUCCUUCCUUGUAAUCAUAUUAUGUAUAACACAUCUUAUUUGAAUAUCAUUCAUUCCAUUCCAUUUUAUUAUAUGAAUUUUUAAUUCAUCCA